CACAACAACAAAUGGAAAUAAAGCCGGAACUCAUAUUUAUUGGAAUUCUUAUUCUGGUACCCGCACAAUGGCUUCUAUCACCUUCGGAAACUGGCCAUUUGAAAUAUCGAAUGAAUAGUCUAAUCUUCACACUAAAACAAUAUAUUCCAUCAUUUAUGACGUCAUCAUCGGAUUCUGAAGCAGAAGCCGCUGAAAGUUCUGCAAUUAUGGCUGAAAUGAAUCCGGAAGGAAAUGGAGCAUAUGGAAUGGGUCAAUAUACACGUCAUCGGGCUCCACACGUGGAAUUUCGUGUUGGUGACGUCAUCACUCAUACGAAAUUGAAUUUUCGUGGUGUUAUUAUUGGAUGGGAUGAACAUGCAAUUGCACCGGAAAAAUUUCUAAAAGUUGCGCAUGGCGAGAAUAAGAAUUACGCUACUCAGCCCAACUACGCUGUCCUCAUCGACACCCGCGACCGCCUGACACCUCAAUUAUCGUAUAUUGUUCAGGAAAAUUUGGAAAUCGAUAAAGGAACUGUGAUGCAUCCGCUCGUCGAUAAAUUCUUUGAUGGAUUCGAUGAAAAACGGCAAAAAUACAUCAUGCGCCCUCUAUACAAGCAAUGGUAUCCCGACGACUAAUUAUUGAUUUUUUAUUUAAAUUAUUGAUUUUCUAACUAAAAACUAGUCAUUUUCUGUGUUUUUAUCGAUUUUCUGUGAUUAUUUCUGUUUUAUGGGUUUAAAUAUACGAUUUUUCG